AUGGAUUGGGCCAUGAAGUUUAUACAGAUGAAAUACCGCGAGAAACAAUCAGAAUGGUAUGGAAAGCGUGGGAUGAACUGGCAUAUAAGCUCUGUCCUAUCAAAACCAGCAGACAGAGAACAGCUUGAGGUUACUUCUUAUGUGCAUCUCUUUGACAAUUGUGCCCAAGACUCUUACACAGUUUACGCGAUAAUUAAGCAUCUCUUGAAGACUCUGAAAAUCGCCAACCCGCACAUCAGCAAAGCCUUGCUGCGUUCAGGUGGAGCUGGAUGUUAUCACAACAACAACCUGAUUGCUGCUUUGAAUGAGGUUCACAUUCAUACUGGCAUAAGUGUGUUAAGGUAAUUGCUUUAUUGUUUAUAUCUCUUAUUGUACAUCGUAAACAUUUUACUACUCCGAGAUAUCAGCUCAAGGAACAAACAUGCUACAUUCAUAUAUUUCAUAACCUCUGUGUGCUAAGUAGCCACGUGCGUAUUUAUUAUUCUCCAUUGCGUUUCACUGCAGAGAUCAUAAACUCGUCACUCUGGAUACCGAAAUAUGCAUGCGCCGGAUGUGAUUUGUAUAAAAGAAAACGGGAAAGUAAAAUUCAAUUCUUAUCAAGGGGAUGUUUGUUUCGAUACUUAAAGGAUUAAUGAGAUAACAACAACUUCCAGUAAGCGCUUUCACCGUUGAUUUCUAGGUAUGACUUUUCGGAGCCGCAGUUCGGGAAGGAUGUGUGCGACCGCAUCAUCAGCCCCCUGAAGGGCGUGGUCAGACGCUUCUGUAACGAGGGUAAUGAUAUCCUGUCGGCGGCAGACAUGCGUGAAGCGCUCAAGGUCCGACCAGUGAAGGGAUGCACAGCUGCUGUUUGCGAGAUAGAGCGCACUGAUCAAGAAAUCAAGGUAAACCGCAUCCCAAACUUUAGCACCUUUCACAACUUUUCAUAUGAGGGAACUGGGCUGCAAAUGUGGAAAGCCUAUGAUAUUGGAGCUGGAAAACUCGUGCUGUGGUCAGACCUAGACGUCCAAGUUCCCGGUGCAAUAACCUUGAAACCUGCCACCAACCAACUACAGUUCUGGGAUGUUCAACCUAGGUGUGUAAAACUACAAGGAAAGACGAACCAAAGUGUAAAGCUUGACACAGAAACUGCGCUAUUCGAAUGCAACGAAGCCGGCUGCUCACAUUCAUUCGAUAACUAUGAUGCCUUACAGGACCACAUCAACUUUGGCAAUCAUGAUCCCAUCAGCACAAAUCAAGAAAGUGUUUACGACAAGUUGCGUCGCGAGUGGGUUCGGAAAUUCUCGGCAUUGUCAGUAAGUGAGCAGAAACCGAAGCAGCCUACAUCAGAAAAAAGCACUAUGACAGCAACUCAUGCGGACUCUUCUGAAGCCGGAUGGGCCUUGCAGAAACCGAGGGGUAGUGGGACAAGGUUCUCAGAGAACGUAAAGUCAUAUCUCCAAGCCCGAUUUGACGUCGGAGUACAAACUGGAAGAAAGUCUGAUCCAGUUCAAGUGUCAGCGGAUAUGAGAAGCGCCAAAAACCAAGACGGCACUAGAAAAUUCUCGAGAGACGAGUGGCUGACGAAGAUACAAGUUCAAGCCUUCUUUUCCCGACUUGCUGCAGCGCAGAAGAAACAGGUGACUCAGAGACACGUGGAAAAAGACGACGAAAAUACUCUGCUGGAUGAAGAUCUUGCACACCUGGACCAACAAAACAAAGAUGAGGAUGUUCAAGAGGUGCUGUCGCAAAUAGGACUGGAACAUCCGAUCACAUAUGAUGGCUACGACAUCUGCGAUCUGGUCAAGACUGAGGCAUUGUCGCGCUUUACUGUGAAGGAACUGAGGGUCAUGUGUGACCACUUUGAGCUGCCACGUAAAUCAACGGACAAGAAAGCCGCUCUGAUUAAACGCGUUACCCACAUGGUGGAAGAGUGUAGCUGCUCAUAA